CGAUGCGCUUCUGAACGAAGAGCGCAUGCUCCACCUGAAGCGAAACGCUGUUGGACAGUUAAAUAUAACUGUUGAAGACUACACUAGGAGAACAGAGGAAAGUCUUGGUAUGUACAUUAGUUGACAUCUGAAGGGGUAAAGUUGAAGAGUACUGACAUACAUAACUAAGUUCGUUGUUAAUUUUAUUGGCCGCCAAUGGGCAUAUGCAAGGACGUGGAGGCAAGAGUGACAUCCUGCAUGGACAUCAUUCAGGGUCUGUUUUCUUGGACAGUCCAUGACACAAAACGCGAUAAUCGCGUUUGCGGUUGUGAACACAAAACAUAUUCUGGCAUGGAAAAUAGUGUUUGAUUGGCUACUUGUCCAGUUUAAGUUUUUUGCAGCCGAAGAGCCAAUAACAAAUGGAGUCAAUUCUCACCAGUGCUGUGGGUUGAGUGUAGAGUGGCUGUAUUCUUGCCGAGCAAUUCUUUGGUACAUCGGCGGUACUUUCAGCUAUUCUAGGACAUUGGUGGACUUUAAGGGUGGCGGGGCUGAUGAUGGUGGAGGUGAGAUAUUUACUCGCUACAUGUACCUUUUGCCUCAUUUCCGCUCGAAGAAGUCUCUUCAUCAUACAGUUUUUACAGUGGUCCAGAGGAAGUUCAGUGAGCUCGUACAACGUUCUCAACGUGCAGGAGCGAUAUUCGCAUGGUGGGGCGUAGACAGGCAAGAGAAGCAGCGCAUCAUGUAUUCUUAUCUGUGGUCCUUGAGCAAUCUAGUAUUCAUGAACGAGUUCUGCAUUGAAAGGAAACUGAACAAGGGAGGCUAUUAUCUUUAUCUCAUGACCUUUCCAUCGAGAAAAAAGAAAAUCUCUCUUCUUUCCCCUCUCAGCUGCCUUGUUGUUCGUUCCCGUUUAUCCAUCAUGGAGGUCAAAUUCCACCUGAAAGAAGAACCAAACGUGGUUUAUACCUUUGUCGUAUCCUCUUCUAACACACCAAUCGUACAGAUACGGCAGAGCAUUGCAUCAGCAAUCCACGUAACUCCCAGCAUUAUCAUUCUUUCAUUUACGGACCGUGAGAUGCUGGACCACGAAAUACUCUGCUCGUACGAGCUUACAGAUACUGGUUCAAUAAAGUACAAAUUUUACUGGGCUUAGGUUAACAAUGUGUGGGCGGGUUUCGGAAACCAAUAUGGCUCCAUAGUGAGAU